AAGAAGGCGCGGGGCUGUGCCGGGAAGCGGCAGGGUCAUCACGGAGCCAAAGCCGGGCUCCGGGCAGCGGCUCAGCAUAGCGGGCGCUGCAAACGGGCCGGACCCCACGGACCCAGAGCCAAGGGGGAAACGGAAGGCAGGGGGGACACGAACGCGAGCCGGCGCGCUACGAGGGGAGCCUCGUCUGCCCGCCCGGCCCCCACUGUCAGUCCCAGAGAGGUGGCGGAAGCCCCGCUGAGUCACGGCGGGGGCGGUUCCGCCCGCUGAAAAAUCCGGUCCGAGGUUCUGCCGGGCAGAGGACGGUUGUGAACGCCUUUCCUCUCCUCUCCUCCGGCGCCGGCACAGACCGCACCGUCAGGCCCCGGCGUGGGACGCGCCCGCGGCGAGGAGCUGCGGCCGGCAGCCCGUGCCCGUCUCGCCCAUGGCGGGGCCGCGGGACCCCGCGGAGCGCUGCUCCUGCCGCAACACCAACUGCGUGGAGCGACCGCUGCGCCGGCUCUUCGAAGGGCUGGCGAGCGGCGUGGCCGCCUGCCCCUGGCCCUUCGUGCUGGUGCCGCUGCUGCUGUCGGGCGGGCUGGGCGCCGGCUUCCUCUUCCUACCGCAGCGGCAGGCGAACGACAUCGAGGGGCAGUUCACGCCGACGUGGGGGCCCGCCAAGGCCGAGCGCGACUUCGUGCGGCGGCACUUCCCCACCAACGACUCGGAGCGCUUCUCCGCCCCGCGGCUGCCCACCGAGGGCGCCUACGCGGCCCUCAUCGCCGUGGCGACGAACGGAACCUCGGUCCUGGACCCGGCGGCGUGGGCAGAGGUGCUGCGGCUGAACGCGACCGUGCACGACGCCAAAUACGAGCGGCUCUGCGCCCGCAGCGCCGGCGGCUGUGCCAGCCCCAACCCGCUGCUGUCGCGGUGGGGCGAUGCGGGACCGCCCGCCCCGGGGAGCCUCCGCUUCCCCGUCAACGACAGCGUCUUCCUGGGGGCCGCGCUGGGCGGCGUGGAGACGGACGGCGGGCGGGUGCUCAGGGCGCGGGCCCUGAAGCUGGUGUAUUACCUGCGGGAGGACGGCCCCGAGGCGCAGGACAGCCGGCAGUGGCUGGAGAGCUUCCUGCAGAACAUCUUGUCCAAAGUGGCGGAGUUGCGCCUCGGCUCCAUUCAGGUGACUUACUUUACCUCACUGUCCAGACAACAGGAGUUUGAAGGAAAUGCCAAGAGUGUGAUUCCGCUCUUCUCCGUGACGUAUUUCUUAACAAUAAGCUUCGCAGUCAUCUCUUGCCUAAGACUGAGCUGUAUAAGAAAUAAUAUCUGGCUUGCAAGCUGUGGAGUGCUUUCUUCUGGCUUAGCUGUAUUAAGCAGCUUUGGAUUGAUGCUCUUCUGUGGAGUGCCAUUUGUGGUCACUGUAGCAAAUGCACCAUUCCUGAUUCUGGGGGUUGGCGUUGAUGACAUGUUCAUCCUGGUUGCUUCCUGGGAACAAAGUUCAAGGAAAAAAGAGAAAUCCAGUGUUAAAUCUCUGCUGGCUGAGACUUACGCAGAGGCAGCACUUUCUGUGACCAUCACCACUCUGACGGAUGUUUUGGCCUUCUUCAUUGGCACCUGGACUGCUUUUCCCUCCGUGAGGUCUUUUUGCCUCUAUACGGGCACAGCUUUUGUCUUCUGCUAUGUAUAUACCAUGACCUUCUUUGGGGCAGUUCUGGUAUUAAAUCACAGAAGGGAGCAAGGGAACCGACACUGGCUGACUUGUAUGCAUGUAGAUGUAGGUAAAGAUCAGGCUGAGAACUCCUGCUUGUACAAUGCUUGCUGUAUCGGCAGCUGUUCUAGGCAGCCAUCUCAGCCAGAAGGUGAGCAUCCAAUGAGCACAUUCUUUAAAAAGUAUUAUGGGCCUUUUGUUACAAAUAAGUGGAUCAAGGUGCUCAUGGUGUUGCUGUACGGAGCAUAUUUGGGUGGUGGCAUUUAUGGGUGUACUCAGAUCAGGGAAGGCAUCGAUCUCCGAAAUCUGGCAAAUGAUGCCUCCUACGUUAUUCCAUACUAUGAUGAUGAUGACAAAUACUUCUCCACAUAUGGACCCAGGGUCAUGGUUGUCAUUGCUGAGAGUGUAGAUUACUGGAAUGAGUUGGUGCGUCUUGACAUUGAGAGCUGCGCACAGAAUUUAGAGAACAUUUCCUAUGUAGAUAAGAACCACUCAGAGUCAUGGCUGAGAGUAUACACAGAACUUGCCAAAAGGGGUUUGAUAAAUAUAAACAGUAAGACUGACUUCUUAAAUAACUUAAGUGUACUGUUCAGAAUUCUUCCCAGUUUUGAGUGGGACAUAAACAAGACUCGGGAUGAAAUAGAGGCUUCACGUUUCUUCAUCCAGACAGUGAAUGUGACAUCAGCUGUGGAUGAGAAGAAUCUCCUCAAUCAGUUAAGAGAGGCAGCCAAGCAGUGCAGCAUUCCACUGAAGGUGUAUCACCCAGCCUUCAUCUACUAUGACCAGUACCUGGUAAUAGUGCAGAACACUGUUCAGAACAUUGUCGUUGCUGCCGGAGCCAUGCUCGUUGUCUCCCUUCUGCUCAUUCCCAACCCAUUGUGCUGCUUGUGGGUGACUUUUGCUAUAGCUUCUGUUAUAGUUGGCGUUGCUGGUUUCAUGACGUUCUGGAACGUCAACCUCGAUUCCAUAUCCAUGAUCAACCUGGUCAUUUGCAUUGGGUUUUCAGUAGAUUUUUCUGCUCAUAUUUCCUAUGCCUUUGUUACGAGUGGAGAGUCGUCAGCCAAUAAAAGGGCAAUUGAUGCUCUGUCCCUGCUAGGUUACCCAGUUCUACAGGGUGCAGUUUCUACAAUAUUAGGCGUAGUUGUCCUGGCUGCAGCGAGCACCUACAUCUUUAGGACAUUCUUCAAGAUCAUGUUCCUUGUUAUUUUGUUUGGGGCUCUUCAUGGUCUUGUUUUUAUUCCAGUGUUUUUAACAUUUUUUGGAAACUUUGGCAGAUCACCCAAUACCAAAUCUAAAAAAAUUGAGCUUGAGAAAUUAUAAAGGUUGUUUGUGAGUAAGUUUAGUGUGUUAUAAUUUAUAUUUAUUAUAUGUAGAUUCAGUUGUAAUGGCUGUCAGGGAAUACAAGACAUGAAGAAAAUGAAAGACAAAAAAAAAUACAACAGGGAAGCCAGGUAAGAAAAAUAAUAAAUUAAAACUUAGAGAUUGCAUUUGCAUUUCUUACUUUUGUGUCAACAUGUUAAUGUUGUUAAAAUUAUUUUGUGUUUACUGAAUGUAUUAAAGUUAUUAUAAACACUG